AAGAACCAUUUCCACCUCUGCGGCAGAGAGCCUGACCAAAUAGGCGCACGAGAGCGCUUCAGACAUAGCCUACUGAGUGAAACCCAUUCCCAUGGGUACUUGUGCUCUUUGGUCGCUUCCAAUCUUGGAGAGGGAAGCAAUUUGUCAAUCAUACUAUACUGGAGUGAUCAUUUUCAGUGCAUCUCUGGCGAAUGGCAUUUUUUAAUUUUAAUGUUGUCCUUUUUUAUUCCAUCCGCAGAACUCUCUGGCAGUCGCCUCAAUCCAUUUACAGCUGGCUGGUACGCCUAACCCCUCUGCGUUGCAAUCUGUUGAUAACUCGACUUGCAAGCUGCAGUUUAUUGUCUUUCGAAAUGGGAAACUCUUUCCUUGCACAGGGAAUUCGUCAAAUCUUGCAGAUGAUGGAAAACGUAGGAGCGUUUCGACACCAGUUGCUUUCACCAAAUUAGAUAGGUGCACCCUCGGGAGCGCGGUGCACUCGGUUACCAUCGCUCUCAGGCACUUCGCGCUCGGUGUAGACCCUACCGCAGCCUAUUGGGAUUUUGACCUGCUAGAUGGGCACGGUGGCUGGCGGGCAGAGGGGUGCCACAUAACAGACUCCGUGGGCAGCACGACCACAAUUCAUUGCACUCAUCACAAUAACUUUGCGGUGCUAAUGGAUCUGAAGAAGGUGCUUUCUUUCCCCCCAUACCCUGGGGAGUUUCUGCACCCGGUCGUGUAUGCCUGCACGGCCGUCAUGUUGCUCUGCCUCUUCGCCUCCAUCAUCACCUAUAUCGUCCACCACAGCACAAUCCGCAUUAGUCGGAAGGGAUGGCACAUGCUCCUCAACUUCUGUUUCCACACGGCUCUGACCUUCACUGUGUUUGCUGGAGGCAUCAAUCGAAUCAAAUACCCCAUCAUCUGUCAAGCAGUUGGCGUGGCGUUACACUACUCGUCCCUCUCCACCAUGCUGUGGUUGGGGGUGAUGGCCCGGAACAUUUACAAGCAGGUGACCAAAAAGCCCCUGCAGCCCCGGGACGGUGACCCCCCUGCCCACCCCAAACAGCCCAUGCUAAGUCUACAACCCAGGCCAGCACACAGAGAGAAGCACAUCCUCAGGUUUUAUUUAGUCAGUGGCGGAGUGCCCUUCAUCAUCUGUGGAAUCACAGCAGCCGUCAAUAUUGAGAACUAUGGCAGUGGGGAGACGGCACCCUACUGCUGGAUGGCAUGGGAGCCCAGCCUUGGAGCCUUCUACGGCCCCGUGGCGUUCAUCGUCCUGGUCACCUGCAUCUACUUCCUGUGUACCUUCAUUCAGCUGAGGCGCCACCCCGAGAGAAAGUACGAGCUGAAAGCCCUGACUGAGGAGCAGCAGAGGCUGGCAUCCGUCACCGACGUGGGUGGGCAUUGCCAUCAGGGAGGGGAAGGGGAGCCCGGAGCCCUGCCACCACCGCCCAAUGGAGGGCACUGCCCUGCGGGCUGCCACUCGUCCACUGCCAUCAACCCCUCUAUGCUGGCCAACGAGCAUUCGUUCAAGGCCCAGCUGAGGACGGCAGCCUUCACCCUCUUCUUGUUCGUGGCCACGUGGGCCUUCGGGGCGCUGGCUGUGUCACAGGGCCACUUUCUGGACAUGAUCUUCAGCUGCCUGUAUGGUGCCUUCUCCGUCACGCUGGGCCUCUUCGUGCUCAUCCACCACUGUGCCAAGCGGGACGACGUGUGGCACUGCUGGUGCGCCUGUUGCCCCGGGAGACGCGCCCACCAUGGUUGCCACGGCCAUGGUCACGGCCACACUCGUCCAAAGAUUAAUGUCAAUGGGGAUGCCUUAGGGCAUGGGCACGGGCAUGGGCACUGCCACCUGGAUUCGCCUUGCCCGGGUAAGGCCCUGUUAGGAGGACACACCCACAGUGGCACCUUGGGUCACUGUAAGCAUGGCAGCCUGGCGUCAUCGCAGAACCAUGUGACGUGCCUGCCCCCUGUGGUGCCCUGCUGCCAGCAGCUGAUGGAGGAGGAGCCUCCCGCACACGUGCUGCUACACGCCGACCCCGAGGGCUACCGGCCAGACAUCCACCUGCAUCGAUGCCUGAAGGGCAGCACUAGGACUAAGCCUCGCCACUUCAGCCGUCACCGGCAGGCUGGCACAGGAGGGGGAGGAGGGGUGGGAGAGAGGGAGUACGCCUACCACAUCCCCUCCAGUGUAGACGGAGGCUCUAUCCACAGCUCCCACACAGACAGCCCUCACAGCACGCACGAGCGCCACGGACACAUCUGCCACCUGGCUGCUGCCCCCCACGAAGUAGGCCACCACACGUGCCAAGCUGCGACGGCUCACGAGGCGGCGCUGGCAUGCCACGCCCCCUGCCACCGGCACGUGCCUUGCUGUGCUAAGGCGGACCUGUUCCCCACUCUGUGCCAGGUGGAGGCAGGUGACACGGGUACCUUUCUGUGCGGCUGUGGCAAAAUAGCCAAUGAGGAGGACCUGAUCGUGCCUCAUCACCAGCUGGAGAUGCACCCACGUAGACAGUCCUACCCCCAGAACCCACCGCCCAAUCAGAAUGGCAUCCUUAAAGGCGGCCUGCACGAGGGUUUCCUGUACGCAUCAGACAGCACAGGGAAUAUACGCACUGGACCCUGGAGAAAUGAAACUACUGUGUAGUGUAAAGAUAUAGGCAAUCAUUCCCAUACCAGCCUCCCUCCCUCCCUCCCUCCAAUCCUCAACUCACUCCUCCUUUCCUUUCUAGGAACUACAACAACAACAACAACAAAAAUCUAACAUCACGACUUUUACUUGUAUUCUUUUUUUGUUUGAAUGUGUUCCAUUUCACUGUACAGAUGAUCUGACAUUGUCAUAUAAGCUCCCCAAUGACCAGCCAUACAAUACACAGCAGAACUGAUUUUUCUCCUUCAUAGAGGAAUGUGAGUCACACGCCACAAGAUAUAGUACCUUUUGUUGAAGGUAUUUUUACCACUAUAGUAUGUUAUUAUUAUUACAGAUCUAUCGAAGAUAGAGAAUAUGGAUGUGUGUGUGGAUGUGUGUGAACCGAACACUUGUGUAUAUUCUCGCUCAAAGCAAAUGAGAUUGCGUUCUCUUUUGUGAGUCACUAAAUCCACCGACUACUCUCUGAUUUGUGUACCUGCAGUACUUCAAUAAGCUCAGUACCAGUGUUUUAAACAACCAGCAAUUUAGAGUCAUUGGUAUUUUCGCCAUUUUGAACAAGCAUACUUACUAUAAUAUACUGUGAAUAUCAGUUAGAGAUUUCUUAGUAAUAUACAAAGAUGUCUGCUCUUGUCAGAUUUCUGUGGAUGCCGAUACGUUGUGAAAAUUAAAAAAAACAACCGAAAAGAAAAACCGAAACCACAUUGAGUAUUCUGUUACAGGUUGAUAUUGAAUGUUCUUGUCUGUAUGAUGUCUUACUGUUGUUGUUUUUAGAGCGAAGUGUACAACAAUAACAACAAUCACAUUGUCAUUGUGUAUAUUUGUGGUGUUGGAGCAAUAGUGACAUUCAUGUUAUGACAUGCCAUGACCAAGCAGCAGCAGUUCCAGGCUCAACCAUUUCCUCUUGUCCCAUUUGAUAUACAGUAAAACCCAAGCCAACAUUUUCCAUCUCUGGCAAGGCGUCACAAAAUGGUUGGAGGUUCAUUCAAUGGGUCAUGUCCAAAAUCAAUGCUUAAACACUAUUUUAUUUAUUUAUAGGAAACAGAGCAUGCAAGCCUUGUAUAUAGCUAUGUGCUGUGUGUUUUGCUUUGUAUAUCAAUGCACAUUUCUUGAAAACGCCAUCACUUUUGUCUAUGGAGCAGAUCAAGCUACGUUCGCUAUAACAUGACGUGAAACAAACAAUUAUAUUUUUACACAAUUUUAGUAUCAUUAUGCCAUUAUUAUGGAUGCUCCUGAAACCAUGUUCUGUUGAGGGACAGAGGACAGGGCAGAGAUUCAGUGUUGAAUAUUUAACCUUAUACAGCUGGUAUUAUGUACGGUGGCCCUAAGAGCCAAUUUAUGCUUGAUUCGAAAAUGUGGUCAGAGGCGCUUUAUGGAUGGUGUGACGCAAUUGCGGAGCCUCUGGAGGCACGCAGAGGCCAAAUUGAACUCUGUUCCGCAUCGCCGUGCGCCUCUCAAAUGUAACAAUGUGGAGGGCACCCUAUAGCUCCGCAUUGACAUGAUUGGUUGACGGUAGGUGAGGGCGGGAGG